CGCGCUCACGAGCCCACGGCCCCCUCCGCAUCGGAAUCUGACACGAGCAUGUAUUCAGCAGAUUCUUACAUGUCUACUGCUUCCCCGUCUUCUCCACAGGGGCACGACCAUGCAGCUCCAUACUCCCCCGGACGCAAUCUAGGGAACCUGGAACUUGAUGAGGAUGCCGAUUCCAGCGACGAAAUCUGUUCCAUCGUAGACGCGGCGCAGAGGGGCCGAAGUGCCGACCGCUCAGGUGGUUAUGCGGAUACCGUCGGCCGACACUUCAUUACCAGCCACGAGGACCUGGGUGCGGGCGAACGAAAUCAGCGCGGCGACCACACUCUGAAUGACCCGAACACGGAUGGGGUCGCGCAGCCGUUGUCUGGUCAACAUAUCGAGGUCCACUCGGGCCCGAGGGUCCACCGAGACGUUCAGCAUUCGUCAAGCUGCCGCUCGCCGCAGCGCAUGAGUCAGCUCUAUCCGGACGUUGGUCUGGCGUCCGAUGCAUCGCGGACUGUCCUGGGUGCGGCCACUCCACCGACUCGGCCUUCUGUACCUGUCCAGGGACGGGACGUUGUCCUUGGACAGUCGAGCUCCUUCCAUGAAUCGGCUGGUCCCGGCGUGCCUUGCCCGCACCUUGCGAAAGACGACGACAACCACGCGGACGCGGACAGGGACGAGGACGAGGACGGGGCAACGACCCCCACGCUCCGUCUGUUCCAGUCCACAGCCGCACCCGCAACUCUCGGAGUCCGUUUGAAAGGUCUUCCCGUCAGCAGUGACAUCCCUUCCUCCGUGCCGCAGCUGCAGCACCGCCCCUCCCGCGCCCUGCCCAAGCCACCGGCUCGCGCCCCGCGCGUGGUCGACGUCCCCGCGACCGUGUCCGCGCUCGACGCCCUCCGUCUGUCUAGACUGGAGCCUUCCUGUGCUGACGCUUCUGCGCCAGGCUCAGUGGCGAACGCUAGAGCGUCAGGUCUUCCCGCUGCUCCAUCUAGUUUGUUCGGGAGAUCCUUCGUCAAUGCGCCGUCUACCGCGACAUCCAGGUCGCCUACUGCAUUACGCACCUCCGUCGCGCCUCGGUCUUCGGUGAGGACGCGGACUCGCCCCGCAUCUGUUGACUUUGCAGUGCCUGGAAAACGGUCGUCGCUCGCUGGUCGUAGCAAUCCCCGUGAACGAUCAGCAACGGUUUCCGCCUCCGACACUAUAGCGAGACAGCAAUCGCCUCCCGUUGUGCAUGACAAAACCAAUCAACGAGAUUGCUCCGUCGUCAAAGGCCGUAUCGCUGCAUUUGAAGAGCGUGUUAGAACCACUCGGGAUUAGGCUGUAGGAUCCAUGUAGUAAUUUUCGCCAAUCAUCCCUGGCUUUAUUACUUGUUCACGGGGACUCCUCUCGGGUACGAACUCGGUACGCAUAGAACCAUCCGUCAGGUCUAGGAACGCUUCAUGGUCUACAAUGCGAUGGAUAGUAUACACCGUAUGAGCUAUGCGUCUUCUUUCGCCAAUAUAAUUACUCGAUAACGACGCC